CCCUCUCGUCUGACGAGUUGGAGGUAUUCCCAAGUAUUUUUCACAGAUUGCGUAGAAAUUUCAGCAGAAAUCUGGAAUUUUCUUCUUUGUCAUCACAACACAACAAGUACAGCAUCGUGAGUUCUUGCAAUCUGCAGAGUUCAACUUGAAGCAGAGAAAUUUCAGUGAAUUGCAACAGUAAAGGUGUUUUCAGUGGCAGUAAAAGAGAAGCAACAAAGAUGUCUUACAGUUUCGAGUCAUUCGCCAGGAAUAUGGGCAUGAAAAUUGAAGCGCCCGUGCGCACGCAUCUGGCCAAGGUGUACUGCUGCCUGGCUGCGACGACUGCCGUGGCCUCGACUGGGGCCUUCGUGCACAUCCGUGGCAUCUGGGAGGCGAGCAUCCUGAGCGCCCUGGCCUCCAUUGCGCUCGUGCUGGCCCUCCACUUCAUCCCGGACAACGGCAAGAACCUGCUCACGCGCCUCGGCCUGCUGCUGGGCUUUGGCUUCUGCACCGGACACUCGAUGGGCCCCCUUCUUGAUCACGUGAUCCUCCUGAACCCGCAGAUCAUCGUGACGGCGCUCGUGGGCACCAGCGUGGUGUUCUUCUCUUUCACGGCCGCCGCGCUGCUGGCACGCCGCGGCCAGUACCUCUUCUUGGGCGGCAUGCUGUUCAGCGUGAUGAGCUACAUGGCACUGUUCAGCCUGGCGAACAUCUUCUUGCGCUCCAGCCUCGUGUACCAGAGCCAGCUGUACAUCGGCCUCGGCGUGAUGUCCGCCUUCAUUCUGUACGACACGCAGGCGAUCAUGGAGAAAUGUCGCAUGGGCAGCAAGGACGUGGUCGGCCACUCGCUGGACCUCUUCUUCGACCUGGCCAGCGUGUUCCGCCGUCUGCUGAUCAUCCUGUCGCAGAAGGAGCAGCGCGAGCAGCAGCGCAAGAAGCGCAACAACUAAGCAUUCCCGCGUGAGUAAUUCAAUGUCAUUUGGGAUUCAGUGUAUUUUUGUUUGGAUGUGCAAAAUAUAUAUCGUGGGCGAGGAUUCCCUUCACAGAGAAAAAGAGAUAAAUUAUCCAGAAUAUUUUAAUAUGUUCGGAAGAAAAAAUUCAAUUGGUGAACUCAAAGGAAUAUACAAUGAAAUGUGGUGUUAUUAUUAAUUCAAUAAAUCAAUACUUGUGUAUAGA